AUGGUCGCUGAUCGAACAGCUCAUGUUAUUGUUCUGGGUGAUCUCUCACGAUCGCCAAGAAUAUUGUCCCAAGCUCAGUUUUUGGCUCGUGAUGGUUGGGAUGUAACUAUAUCAGGAUACAAAACUGAAACAAUAAACCCAUCCAAUUUUAAGUUGAAAGUCCUGGGUAUACCUAUGUGUCCGAAUUUCAGAGCUCUACAUUUCCCUUCGUUUAUGGUUUUUAUCCUCAAGUUUAUUUUUACGGCUGUAACACUCUUCUGUCAUCUUGCCAGAUACUGCCGUAGUCGUUUAAUUGUGGUUCAGAAUCCUCCUGCAGUACCAACUUUUUUCAUUUUGUGGUUAUUUAUCAAGAUUACUGGCAAGAAUUUAGUUAUUGACUGGCACAACUAUGGUUAUACUCUUGUAGAGUUAAAUGCGCCUAGUAAAAGUUUAUUCACGCGGUUGUACUACAUAUUGGAAGUUGAUUUUGCAAGUCGUUUUAUGUCCAGAAUGUCCGAUCGUGUUGCGAAUGUUUGCGUAUCCAAAGCUUUAAAAUAUGAUAUGAGAAUGAAAUCAAUUGAAGCAACUGUUUAUUAUGAUCGACCUGCAGAGGAAUUCAAACCUACACCUGUAGAUGUUGCGCACUGUCUGUUCUUGAAACUCAGCGAUCAAUACGCAGUGUUUAGGAACAAACUAGAUUCAUGUCGAUUCACACGCUUUACUGAGAUAACUGCUCUGCCGACUAAUACCAAGAACAAUGAACCCCAUUGGCGCCCAGAUCGCCCAGCAUUGGUUGUCAGUAGUUGCAGCUGGACACCUGAUGAUGACUUCACGUUGGCGAUUAAAGCACUGGAAAUCUACGACAAGGCAGCUGAAAAACUGGAUUCAGGUUUACCCAGUAUUGUGUUUGCUGUAACAGGUCGUGGUCCAUUACAAAGCUACUAUGCGAAAUUAAUAAAAGAACAAAACUGGAAACAUGUGGAAGUCGUUAUGUUGUGGCUUGAGUGGUCAGAUUAUCCUGUUUUCCUUGGAUGUGCUGACUUAGGACUUAGCAUACAUCGAAGUUCCUCGGGACUGGAUUUACCCAUGAAAGUAGUUGAUUUACUUGGUGUGAACGUUCCCGUUCUGGCGCUAGGUUAUGCAACACUAAGUGAAUUGAUGGAGGAUAAUAAAUAUGGCUUAUGUUUCGAAACUGGCGAACAAUUAGCUGAUCAAAUGUGCGACUUGUUGAAACCAUGCCGUAAUUCUACAAUCCAAUAUACUUGCGAACCUAGCCGUUUUUUAUCUGUUGGAUCAGAAAAACUAAUUUAUUUUCGCGAAUGUUUAGCUGAAAGAAACAAAAACCUGAUUAGAGGAUUCACCUACUGGAAAAAUACUGCAUUGCCAGUGUAUGAAAAAGCAAUUCAUACUAACCCCUAUAAAAACAAAGAUAAUUAG